AUGUGCUAUAAAGUCGUCGAGCGCUACUCCGUCUGCAAAUGUCUUUACUUCGAGCACUCCAUCGACCCCUGUCAAGCAUAUGGUCAACGAGGCCACACCGUCCAGGAAAAGACCGUUCUCGUCGGCUAUGCCUGUGACCGACACUCGCGUGUAUCUGCUGUGCCCCGCUGGUCGGACUCUGGGUAUUCGCGCGAGAAGGGCUCGUGUCGGUGA